GGCGUCACUGUCGGCUUUUGUUUAAGCCCUUCAGGGACCGAGUGCUUUUUCAUAUACAACAGCUCAACGAUACAAAGCAAAAGUGAUGGCUCAAACUCAAACAAACAGCUAUGCGGGAAGGACAACCCAUAUUUUUAACAAAUACGGCAGUCCUAGAUAUAAAGGUCGUCCAGGCAGAAAUGUGUGGUUUAAUCAGGCGCUUCAUGGGGUUGUCAUAGAUGUGAUGAUCCACUCUGUGUAGGCAGAGUGAUAUAGAUGAGGCACUCUUCUUCUCCAUCCUGCCUACCAGAUCAUUCAUUCAAGUCUCAUUCCUUUUAGGAGCAUUGAUCGAGAAGGAGAUUGAGAGCAGCAAGUGUCCUUUACGUUUGCAUUCAGUCCGAGCAAGAGCUGUUCAUGGAGUUGACAGUGAUGUAAAACUGCCACAAAAAGUUUUUGUCCACAGAAAGUUGGUGGAUUAAAUGUCAGACAGUGUAAACACUGUUGAACCGCAAACAAGAGCAGCUUCCAGGUUUAAGGAGGCCAUCUUAAGCUAAUAAUAGCAAUGAUGGUGGAAAUAAUUUUGUAGGAAAACAACAGAGCUGUCAGUUUCUGACCAACAAGUAAUAGAAGUCUGUCUCACCCCCAAACCUUUUCCAUAAAUACAUGUGCGGAUCUUUUAUAUGCUUCUACAAGCAACAUCAUUUAAGAUAUGUAAUGUGGGGUUGAGGGGGUGGAAUGAUAUUCAAUCAUUCAUUCAUCUUCACUAACUGCUGGUCAAGGGGGAUCCAGAGUCUAUCCUGGGAACACAAUGUUUUGGAUGUAUUUGGACUAAGAUAAUGACCCUAAAAAUAGCCUCAAUGAGGCUGUAGCUCAUGAUGCCCAUAAAAUUGUAAGUAUGACAGGUGGCGCCACCAUCUUGACAACUUUUAUGUACACCCACCUGGGGAACAUUAUGGGAGUUUGAUCAAAAUCUGAUCAAUCCUGUAGGAGGAGUAGUGGUUUUUCUAAACUGUGGAUGGACAACAACGACGGACGGAUGGACAACGUGUGUCUCUACCUUAAAAUGGAACUUGCUCUCAGAACUGAACCAAAGGUUCUGGAGGUGCAAGUCAGCAGUGCUAUCUGCUGUGUAGUGCUGCAGUCAAGACCAGCUAAACUGAGACCAAGUCAUGGUCAAGACCAAGACUUUGAGGGGUUGAGAUCAAGACAAGACCAAAGCAGGGACCCCUCACAUCGAUAGGCUGGCGGAGGAUGGAGUGAAGCUGACCCAGCACAUCGCCGCCUCUCCUCUGUGUACACCCAGCAGAGCUGCCUUCCUCACUGGCAGAUACCCCAUACGAUCAGGAGGGCAUCAUGAUUUGAGAAGCUGCAGCAACAGAAACAACACUGAGCCUCCAGAUGGAAUGACUUCCAAAGUAGGGGAUGGACCUUCAUCCAAAUUCUCAUGAAUGGCCAGUCAUGGUCGUGUUGGGGUGUAUGUAAUCUCUGCAGUAUCUGGAGGCCUUCCGAAGGAGGAGAUCACAUUUGCCAAAAUCCUGAAAGAGCAAGGCUAUGCAACAGCACUGAUUGGAAAAUGGCACUUGGGCCUGAACUGUGAGCACAACACCGAUCACUGCCACCAUCCCAGCAAUCAUGGAUUCGAGCACUUCUACGGCAUUCCCGUGACCAACCUGCGCGACUGUCAGCCAGGCCAUGGUUCUAUCUUCUACACCGUCCGAGCCCACAUUCCCUACAGAGUGCUGGGCACUGCCCUCGCCACCCUGCUCCUCCUCCACGCUAAAGGACUGAUUCUUAUUUCCCGCAAGCUCGUUCUGUUCCUGGGGGCGACGCUGUUUCUGACGAUAGCUCUGUUUUUCCUCUGGGUACUCGCGUUCCCCUACUUCAACUGCUUCUUAAUGAGAGGAUACGAGGUGGUGGAGCAGCCAUACAUGUCUGAGAAUCUCACACAGAAGAUGACCAAAGAGGCAAUUGAGUUCUUGGAGAGGAAUUCUGCAAGACCAUUCCUGCUCUUCUUCUCCUUCCUCCAGGUUCACACAGCUCUGUUCGCGUCCCCUCACUUCCGUGGUAAAAGCCAGCACGGCCUGUACGGAGAUGCGGUCAUGGAGGUGGACUGGAGUGUAGGUCAGAUAAUGAAAACUCUGGAACGGCUAAAGCUGAAGGAUAAGACGCUGGUUUAUUUGACCUCGGAUCAAGGCCCGCACUUAGAAGAGAUAUCCAUCCAUGGCGAGGUGCACAGAGGUUACAGUGGCACAUACAAAGGAGGGAAAUCAACCAAUUGGGAAGGAGGGAUUCGGGUACCAGGGAUCCUUCAUUGGCCGGGAAAACUACCUGGAGGAAAGGUUAUCGAUGAGGUCACAAGUAACAUGGAUCUCUUCCCGAGCGUAGUGAAAUUAGCUGGAGCUAGCAUACCCAAUGAUAGGAAGAUAGAUGGUCAUGACCUUAUGCCAUUGCUGCAGGGUCGAGUGCUGCGUUCAGAACAUGAAUUUCUGUUCCAUUACUGCAAUGCCUUUCUGAAUGCUGUGAGGUGGCACCCUGCUAACAGUACCUCCAUAUGGAAAGCCUUUUUCUUUACUCCUAAUUUCUACCCUGAAAACUCGACCACCUGUUUCCACACGCAUGUGUGCUUCUGCACUGAGGCCUACGUGACCCGUCACGACCCUCCGCUGCUCUAUGAUCUGUCGAAGGACCCAUCUGAAUCGAACCUGCUCACCCCAGACACAGAGCCCAACUUCAGGUCCGUGCUGGAGGUGAUACUUGAGGCGGCGAGGGUGCACACGCAGGGUGUUAAAGCUGCUGAGGAUCAGCUCUCAGCCCCACACAUGCUCUGGAAGCCCUGGCUCCAGCCGUGCUGCUCCUCCUUCCACCAGCUGUGCAUGUGCCAGCGAGACCGGCAGAGUGGGAUUAUGGGAAAUUCAGUGGAGGGGCAGGGAGAGUAAGAGAAAUGAGCAAAUGGGUGUGUCAUGACACCUACCUUGCAUUUUAGUGCCUUUUUUUUGUUCCUUUGUGACAAUGAGGAGCAGUGUUUUUGCACGUUAGUGAGUUAAAUCAUGCCAAUUUCUUCUUCUCAACUCAUCUCAUUAUCU